ACCAUCCAUCCAGAACCAGAACCAGCGAAGAAGAAGAAGAAGAAGGAGGAGGAUUAUACUAGAGAGCCAUCGAGGAAAUGCAGGCUGCGAAGGAGAAGGUGAAGGACGGCGUGAGCGCGGCGAAAGCGAAAACCAAAGUGGCGCAGGCGAAAGCGGAGGAGAAGGCGGAGGCGGCGACGGCGAGGUCCAAGGCGGAGAAGGAGCUGGCGCACGAGAGGGGGAAAGCCAAGGUCGCCGCCGCCAAGAUGGAGCUCCAUCAGGACAAGGCCGUCCACAGGGAAGAAGCCAUCGAACACCGCCUCCACAAGCACGGCGCUGGACUAGGCCAUCAUAAGAACAAGCAUGGCGUUGCGGCGGCGCCGGCGGGGUACUACCCUCCGGCCGGUGGCGCUGGACACCACUACUAGCUAGGCAGCGUAGCCUCUGUACUAGUAGUUACUAUCAUCAUGUAUGUGGAGUAAUCGAGAAUUCGAGAUGUAUCUUGCUUAAUUGUCUUGUGAGUUAAUUUCUGUGUUUGGACUUGGA